CAAGAAAUGAAAAUAAUUUUCUAAUUAGUAAGAUUGUAAAGGAAAAAUUGUAACAAAAAUCAUGAUUGAGAUAACGGCGAAGUUGAUUAGGGGUCCUGUAUACUUUUCCGGAGAAAUUAUAGAAUGUUUAGUUACAUUCAGUAAUCCACUGAAUCCAAGUCAUCAAAUAUCUCAGAGUCACAGUGAUAUCUUUGAAAGUCUGGCAUGGGCCAGUGCGCAAGUUCACUGUCAGUGUUCUACGAAUAGUAAACUUGUGCUUUCAGAAAAACUGAACACCACAGCUCUAUUAGGAGCUAUUAAUGCAAACACAACAUUCGCACCAUGGCAGCAAGACAAUGGUCAUGUUGUACUUAACACCAAGCCCAAGAUUUUGUUUUGUGACUUAAGGUUGUCACCAGGUGAAAGUAAAACAUAUAUAUAUCGAGAAACAAUUCCAAGUGAUGCACCUCCAUCUUACAGAGGACAUGCAGUGAAAUAUUCAUAUAAAAUUACAGUUGGAACACAACGAGUUAAUACAGCUAUAAAGUUACUACGAGUUCCAUUCAGGGUACUUUCUUUAAGUGAACUGCCUGAAGUAACUGCGUGCAAUGACAGUGUCGAUUUAAGUCCAAAUAACCCAUUCAUGGAAACACAACACAGGGAAACUCCUUUAGAUGUUGCACUGCAAACUCUCCAGAAUUUGACUGCUAGACGUAGUCCAAAUUUUUACAACAUCACGAAUGGACGCGGACGUGUUGUACGGUUCUGCCUCUUCAAAAAUUCUUAUAAACUUGGAGAAGACAUAGUUGGCACAUUCGAUUUUGCAAAUGCUACAGUGUCGUGUGCACAGGUCUCGGUUGCAUUGCAAUCGGAAGAACAUAUUUCAGAAGCGUACAGGCGAGGAAAAACUGCGGUUCCAACAUUAGUCAGUUAUAACAAACAUCAUGAGAUGUGCAUGGGUUUAAAGUACUCCCAUUUAGUUCUCCCUAUACCUUUACACGUAACACCAGAUUUCACCACUGAUUUAAUGACACUACAGUGGAGAUUACAUUUUGAGUUUGUCACUACUUCUAAGCUAAUAGAUAUCCCUAAUGAAAGUACUAUUAAUUGGCAAGGACCACUGACUUUGGACGUUGAAACAAUGAUUUGGGAUUUACCUGUUCACAUUCAUCCAACAACAACACCACCAAAUACUGCACAGCAAACCAAAUAUAAUAUAGUGAUAUAGCAAAUUAAGAACUACUACUAAUAAGAGACAAUGAAUGAUCGGAAUUUAAUUAUCUA